UUCAUGAGUACGGUAACCUCGACGUUUGUUUCCGGACAUGUUUUCGUGUUGCACAAUAACAAGGAGAGUGAAGCUGGAAACUUUCGCCGCCCAAAAUGUGCUGGGGCUCGGUUGCAAAGUGGAGAACCUUCUAGUUGCUCCUGAGUCAUGAGUGGCUCCAAGCCGGACAUCCUGUGGUCCCCGCACCACCCGGACCGCUAUGUCAUCUGUGACUCAGAGCUGGGUCUGUACCGCAUCGGACCAGCGGGGAGCUCCGAGCUCAAGGCUGGUACUCUCCCUCUCUCGGAUGAAACGGCUGCUACCUUGCUGGCCAUCAACUCUGACACCCCCUACAUGAAAUGCGUGGCCUGGUACCCCAAGCAGGAGCCUGAAUGCUUGCUCGCAGUGGGCCAAGCCAACGGCAGGGUGGUCCUCACCAGCCUGGGUCAGAGCCACAACUCUGCCUGCAAAGAGCUGGUGGGGAAGGAGUUUGUUCCCAAGCACGCCCGCCAGUGCAACACUCUUGCUUGGAACCCGGUGGACAGCAACCUCCUGGCAGCUGGCUUGGACAAACACAGGGCGGACUUCUCCGUCCUCAUCUGGGACAUAAGCAGCAAGUUCUCCUCAGAAGCCAGCGUAGUGGGCGAGAAGAUCCGUCUCUCCUCCGUUGAUUUGGACUUGAGCUCCGUCGUGACGAAGCCACUGUACGACCUGGGCCAAAACGACGCUUGCCUGUCGCUCUGCUGGCUCCUGCGUGACCCCAAGCUCCUGUUGGCCGGCAUGCACCGCAACCUGGCCAUUUUUGACCUGAGGAACACCAGCCAGAAGACCUUUGUCAACACCAAAGCCGUCCAGGGGGCCACGGUCGACCCCCAUUUCCCAGACCGCGUGGCAUCCUUCUUUGAGGGCCAGGUGGCUAUUUGGGAUCUGAGGAAGUUUGAGAAGCCUGUGCUCACCCUGACCGAGCAGCCAAAGCCUCUGACCAAGGUGGCGUGGUGUCCAACUCGCACGGGCCUGCUGGCCACGCUGACCCGCGACAGCAACAUUAUCCGCCUGUACGACAUGCAGCACACCCCCACGCCUAUCGGGGACGAGACGGAGCCCACCAUCAUCGAGCGCAGCGUGCAGCCCUGCGACAACCAGAUCGGCAGCUUCGCCUGGCACCCGUCCUCCCAGAACCGCAUGGUGGUGGUGUCCGCGGCCAACCGCGCCAUGACCGACUUCACGGUGUUCGAGCGCAUCUCGCUGGCGUGGAGCUCCACCACCUCGCUGCGAUGGGCGUGCGGCCGGCACCUGUACGACUGCGUGGAGGAUGGAGCGGAGGGCCUAGAGAGCGUCUUGGAGAAGGACAUCGCCACCAAGAUGAGGCAGAGGGCUCAGUCCAGGUACGGACACGAUACCGUCCAAGUGUGGAGGAACCACCUGCUGGCCGGAGGCAACGACCCGCAGCUCAAGUCCUUGUGGUUUGACCUCUUCUAUAUGAAGCAGUGUGCCGAGGACGUGGAGUUGAAACUGCAGGGCAACAAGCAGGCCCUUGUCUAUUCCGGUAUCAAGAACAUUGUCAAGAACAGCUCGGGCACCACGGAGAGCCGUAAAUGCUGGAGCGGCUCGGACUGCCAGACCGACGUGACCCGGUACCACAGCGAGGAGCGCAGCGUCGCCUUGCGACUCUGCGGCUGGAUCAGCCGGGGGCCCGACAUUGACGUGGAGCCCUUCCUGCGCUCGCUCGAGCAGGAGCGCGAGUGGGAGAGGGCCGCCGCCGUGGCUCUCUUCAACCUGGACAUCCGCCGAGCCAUCCAGAUCCUCAACAAGGGAGCCAUGGCUGAGAAGGGUGACUUGAACCUCAACGUGGUCGCCAUGGCGCUGUCCGGCUACACGGAUGAGAAGACCUCGCUAUGGCGAGAGAUGUGCAGCUCCCUGAGGCUGCAGCUCAACAACCCCUACCUCUGUGUCAUGUUCGCCUUCCUCACCAGCGAGCAUGGAGCCUACGACGGCGUGCUGUAUGAGAGCAGCGUGGCGGUGCGUGACCGCGCUGCCUUCGCCUCCAUGUUCCUCAGCGAUGCUCAGCUUCCUCGCUAUGUUGACAAGCUGACCAGUGAGAUGAAGGAGGCGGGAAACCUGGAGGGUAUCCUGCUGACGGGGCUGACCAAGGACGGCGUGGACCUCAUGGAGAGUUACGUGGACCGAACGGGAGAUGUCCAGACUGCUAGCUUCUGCAUGCUCAAGAGUUCCCCAGGCGAGGUACUGAAGGACCCUAGAGUCCAGUGCUGGAUCGAGAACUACCGUAACCUUCUGGACGCGUGGAGGUUCUGGCACAAGCGGGCCGAGUUCGACAUCCAUCGAGGCAAACUGGACCCCAGCUCCAAACCCCUUGCCCAGGUGUUUGUGAGCUGUAACUUCUGCGGCAAGUCCAUCUCGUACAGCUGCUCGGCCAUGCCUCACCAGGGCCGCGGCUUCAGCCAGUACGGCGUCAGCGGCUCGCCCACCAAGUCAAAGGUCACCAGUUGCCCCGGCUGCAGGAAGCCUCUGCCACGCUGCGCUCUGUGCCUCAUGAACAUGGGGACGCCUGUGUCCAACUGUCCAGGAACGGGGAAGUCGGACGAGAAGGUCGACUUGACAAGAGAGAACAAACUAGCUCAGUUCAACAACUGGUUCACCUGGUGUCAUAACUGUCGCCAUGGCGGCCAUGCAGGUCACAUGCUCAGCUGGUUCAGAGACCACACAGAGUGCCCUGUGUCGGCGUGCACGUGCAAAUGCAUGCAGCUGGACACCACAGGGAACCUGGCACCCUCGGACAGCAGCUAAACACGACAGAACCUCCAGGAAGCCUGAGACGACGGGCGGUGCCGCGACCUCCCCUCAAGUGGGCCGCCUUUGUUACUGUUCUAGUUCUUGUCACGUUACGACACGAGUCCGGUAUCAAGAAGGGAAAGAGAGCGACUGAAUCGCAAAAUCCCUCUCAGGAGUAAUACGAGGCCGCGCUCUAGUCGGCCUCCGGCAGUCUAACCUCAAUCAGGCUUUUUGGUUUUUAUAGUCGUCAAUAAGCAAUAAUCGCCACUCAUACUUUUGAGUAGUUAAAAUGUGAUCAUAGGUGCCAAACACAUCAGAGCUGCUCUUUUUUUCUUAACAUUCUAUUUAAUUAACUGUUUUUUUUGUUGUUGUUGAAAAGAUCGUCAUACCUCACAAAAACAUAGCUCGGGCUGAAGGACGGUACCCAGGGUGACAGGGAGAGAAUAGCGUACCUUUUACAACUACUGCCUGGCUCUCUUCGUGUUCCUUCUCUUUAUCUGGCAUUUUGAAGGGGUAGGGGUAGAAACGGAGGGGACAGGGAGGGUGCGCCUGCAUUAAGCGGCCCACUCCAGGCCUGUGGUCCAUGAAAAGAAGCUCCCCAGAAAACAGCAGCUGCUCGGCACUCUUGACAAGACCAUCCAAAUUGCCCCCCGCCCCUUUGCACCCAUACAGAAGCUCAGCUGCCGGAACACUAUUGACUCAAACAACGGGCGAGAGUACAGACAGAGGCUCCCUCCGACAUACACCACCCUGCCCUCUCUUUCUUUCAGUCCCCCAACACUAUGCAUACCAAUCCUCGAGCCAAGGACGGGCACCGUCUGCUCGCGGGGAGGACUUAGCCGUAUUGUAAAUGUUUUUCCUUUCUUUCUCUGUCACCAACCCAAGAAGGCAUUGUCAGAGCUAAAUCACUUAGUCAUGGAGGAGGUGUUUGGGCCACGAGCUACUGUACGGCUCUUUCACGGCCCUGCAUGGCCUUUAGUCUACUGUUACGGAGUACGGGCUGACAAAUUGGCAAAUUGUGUAGUGCCCCUGGAAAAAAAAAGGGAAAUUCACCCUUUUGUUUUUGAUUCUUUAUGCCUUUUGAACAAAUUCAGACAAAUGGAAUUGUGACCCUCAUGACAGGUUUUUUUCCCCCCCGAGUAUGCAGUCACACAUUAAAGCUCAACCAACAGUUGAGUUUUCCAUGAUUACAUAAGAAAUAAAACUCCUUAUGAAACAAAAUUGCCGGUUAAUUGUUGACUGAUGAGUCAAGGUCCACUAUUGCAUGAUUGUCUCCGCUGCUAUUUUUCAUUUGUUGUAUCACUUCAUCUUUCUCAAUAAAUAGUCCAUAAUCAUGAAUGCAAUCGGUUGAAUGAGGAAUUUGACAGGGUAGCUGAAGGCCAAAGAAAAAUAAAAUGCCCACAAUGAAAGGACAUGAAAACUAAAACAAAACUCGACUAGAAGAAACAUGGUAGGCGCAGUUUUACAGUUGUAGACGAAGAAUUAGGAUUUGAAGCCUACCGUAAUGACCUGGAAUAGCAAUGGCCUGCAGCAGGAAUGUCCAAACUUUUUGACAUUGUGGCUAAAAAAUAUAUAUAAUAAUUGGAUACUAAGAGUGUGUGAAAGUUUGACUCCUGUUCUUACUUCCGUGACGACCUCAUUAAAGUUUUGUAAUCAAUCAGAAAUGUCAAAUAUCUAAAAGGCUCUAAACGUGGAUAAGGGUGGAGAAAGUGUUUCGCAUUUUUUCCCAUCAUGCAUUGCAGGGGAUUUAAAUAGGUUUAAUUUUUAAUUAGGUGUUGUGAUUGCAUUUUUUAAAAAAUAUUUUCCACAAAGUUCAGUGAGCAGGUUAUGUUAUGAGUGACCAUGUGUGUUGAUUUUUUUGUGUUAAGUUAUUUGCGCCACGAGUGGGAAAGGUUGUUCGGAUUGGGUCAUAUAAGUGGAUGCUACGCUGAGGUCAUUUCAAUAGUAUAAUCCAUUGUCAAUAAUCUUAUUAACUCAAAUUUGCAGCAAUUUAACUUUUAGAUAUCUUAAAUUAGGGGUACCGUUAUGACUUUGCGGCCCAACUUUUCCAUCACUGAAUUAGUAAUCGUAUUCUGGAUUUUAAUAGUAAUCAAUAAUUAUAUUUAGAUUACUUACCGUUUAACAAGUUAACAUCUGUCGAUUAUAAGUUUUUAAUAUUUUUUUUUGAGUUUUUUGUUUUAUGCCCUUUUGGUCAUAUAAAACUUUUUUAUGGCAAAAACACAAAAUAUGCAGUAUUUACGCCCCCAAAAAAUUGGAUGUGAAGUAAUUGCUCCUUCAAUAUGAAUUAUAGAUGGAUAGAUAGUACUUUAUUCAGUAGAGUUCCCUCUCUAAAAGACCUAUAAUUCAUAAAAGCAUUAGUUUUUAUGAAUUAUUUUUUUUAAUUUUUUUUUAAUCAAAGACCGUUUCAAAGAAAAAAAACAUCUUUAUAUUAUUAGAGCAGUGAUUCUCAAACUGUAGUAGGCGGGCUCUAUCUAGUGGUACACCAAAUAGUCACUUGAUUAAAGUACAGUGUUUUAUUUUUCUAUAUUCAAACACAGUGUUACUGUUCAAACUGUGUGUAAUGUUACAGUUGGCCAUACAUUUUAAAUAUACAUGUUAAAUAAAACCUCCGCCUUGUUUUUAAUGAAUACUUAGGCCUACUGUGUUUUUAAUGUUGGUUAUUAAGGUGGUACGUGGAUAGCCAAGUGUUUUCUGAGGUGGUACUUGGUGAAAAAAAGUUGGAGAACCCUUGUAUUAGAGUCAACAUUGCAACGUUUUCUCAUUACAUUUAAUCUGUAUGCUCUUUUAUUCCAUCCAUCAAUUUUCUACCGCUUGUCCCUUUCGGGGUCGCACGGGGUGCUGGAGCCUAUCUUAGCUGCAUUCGGGCGGAAGGCGGGGUACACCCUGGACAAGUCGCCACCUCAUCACAGGGCCAACACAGAUUGACAGACAACAUUCACACUCACAUUCACACACCAAUUUAGUGUUGCCAAUCAACCUAUCCCCGGGUGCAUGUUUUUGGGGGUGGGAUGAAGCCACGCAGUCACGGGGAGAACAUACAAACUCCACCUUUUUUUAUGUUUUCCUUUUUUACAGUCUUUUUAAAAAGUGUUGGGGUGCAGUAAAAAUUAGCUGCGGCCGCACGUCGGACACAUCUGGUUUAGAUGAACGUAAGGUUCUUUUGUUGAUGAUAAAAUCAAAGCCAUAUACUCACAGUAUUCAAGGUAAUAUCCCACUCUGGCGUCAAGAAAAACUAAACUUUCCACAUAGUAAGAGUUCCUCUCUGGUGUGAUUGGCUAAAUAAAACCUCUGCCUUGUUUUUAAUGAAUACUUAGGCCUACUGUAUU